GAAGCAGAGAACGAGAGAGAGAGAGAGAGAGCGCUCAGCAGACCGGCAGGCAGAGACAGUCUCCAGUUCAGGGCUCGACAGUGAAUGAUGACUAUAGCAGGGGCGGCUCUUCGCUCGCUCUCUCUCCCACACAGGAAAGGCUCUCAGCGGACGGCAGGGCUCUGGCGGCAGGUGCAGGUUUUUCACUAAAGGGUGAGUGACGGAGGAGUGCAAGAGUACAGUUUCUCGCGGAUGUACCCUCCCUCCUCCUGCCCAAGCCCAGCUUCCUCCUGGAUACCAGCAGGUACCAUGGAGACCUGCACCUUUGACUUUAACCUCCUGCUGGCAGGCAACUGCCAUCUCCUAAACACAUCAGAGAUGCAUUAAGUUGCAUUUCUUUUUUUGCUGUUUUUUUCUUCCUGCCAUUGAAUUAUCCUGAAAAGGGACUGGGUAAUUUAGGAUUUCAAAGUCAUAUGUUAGCAGCCACAUGCUGAGGUGCUGUUGGAGCCAGGUGUGCAUUCGGGUUAGGUGGCUGUAACUGUAAGGACAAUGUCUGGAUUAUCUCAUAUUGGACUCUCUGGCUCACCGCUGGGAAGUGACAAGUGAAGAGGGGGGUGGGAAGGACGGGAGGGGGGCUGGCCUUAUUCCCCCACCGUGGAGAACACCCUGUGGCAUCUUUCUGAUAACGCGCGCGAGCCGGUGGGAUAAGCAGGACAGGACAUCUGCGAGACCCCCCCUUCACAGCCUGGGUACGGAGGGAUUGGUAGAAGAAUGCAGGUCCCGUGUGUCCAAGGGCAGGAUGGCGUUGCGUUGGCAGAGUGCCGCGGCUGGUAGAUGGUUGCUGUUGAUGCUCCUAUGGCAGUGGACGGUGCUGGGCCACCUGGGCUGGGUGCUGGUCCUGGCAGCCGCACCGGAUCAGAACCCCUCCUUCCCUUCUGGUGUGGGCCGGCCCAGCGGCCAACUUGAUUGGCUGCUGUCUGACAAGGGGCCCUUCCACCGCUGCCCUGAGUACACAGAGUUCAAAGAACGCUUCCAGCAAGGCUUCACCACCCGCUACAAGAUCUACAGGGAAUUCAGUCACUGGAAAGUGAACAGCUUGGCGACAGAGAAGCGGGACUUUUUCAAGACGCCGCUGCCGCUGGCGCCGGAGUUCUUCCGUAACCUUAGGCUUCUAGGCCGCAGGCCGAGCCUGCAGCAGAUCAACGACAACCUGAUCAAGAAGUAUGGGACCCACUUCCUGGUGUCGGCCACGCUCGGUGGGGAAGAAUCCCUCACUAUCUUCCUGGAUAAACAGAAGCUCAAUAAGAAGUCCGAGGGAAAUGGAAACAGCUCGAUGGUCUCCCUGGAAAUCCUGCACCAGCUGGCAGCUUCCUACUUCACUGACCGCGAGAGCACCCUGAGGAGACUGCACCACCUGCAGAUAGCCACCUCCGCCAUCAAGGUAACAGAGACCAGGACUGGGCCCCUUGGAUGCAGUAACUACGAUAGCCUGGAUUCUGUCAGUUCUGUCUUGGUGCACAGCCCUGAGAACAAAAUCCAUUUAAAAGGCCUGCAAGAUGUUCUCCCAGAGUUUCUCCGCACCCGUUUUGUGGAGGCUGCCCUCAGCUACGUGGCCUGCAACUCGGAGGGGGAGCUCCUGUGUCGCAACAAUGACUGCUGGUGCCGCUGCACCACCAAGUUCCCUGACUGUAACUGCCCCUUUGCUGACAUCAAAGCAAUGGAGGAGAACCUUCGCAAGAGCAAAGAGUCCUGGAUCAACUUCAACAUGGAGUUUGAGGAAUCAGAUGAAUUCAAGGCCUUCUUGAAGAAACUGCCCACUGACCACUUUUUGAAUGCGUCCAUGGUACUAAAGUUCUGGGCCGCAGAUUCUGCUCUUCAGCGUCGCUAUGGACAAUUGGAGGCCGGUACCAAGCUGCUCUUGGGGAAAGCCCAGAAGAUUGUGAGGAAGCUCUUUACUCUGAGCAAGCGCUGCCCCAAACAGCCAAAAAUAAGCCUCCCAAGAGAAAGAACAUUAAGCUUCUGGCUUAAACGUGCCCAGUCCCUUUUGUACUGCAACGAGCAUGGAGUUCUGGGCACAUUUUCGGAGGAAGCGCACAGCUGUACCUGCGCUGCGGAGCACGCCGCCUGCCAGGGGACUGUGCCCUGUGUAGUGGCGGAGGGGUCAUCCUGUGCCUCGUGUGCCCCAGACAACAUCACCCGCUGUGGAGCCUGCCACCCAGGCAACGUCCUGCACUUCGGCGCGUGCCGCCCCGACGUGGCCGGCUCCCUGGACCACUACAUCAACUUCGACUCCGACAUCCCCGACGCCGAGGCCAAGUACCUGCUGCAGCGGCUGGACAGCCGGGUGGAGGUGCACGCCAUCUACAUCAGCAACGACGUGCGUCUGGGCAGCUGGUUCAACCCCUCCUGGAGGAAGCGCAUGCUGCUCACCCUCAAGAGCAACAAAAACAAAUCCAACCUCAUCCACAUGCUCCUGGGUAUCUCUUUCCAGAUCUGCUCCACCAAAAACAGCACUCUCGAGCCGGUGCCUGCCAUCUACGUCAACCCCUUCGGGGGCAGCCACUCUGAGAGCUGGUUCAUGCCUGUCAACCAGCAGGACUUCCCCGACUGGGAAAGAACUAAAUUGGAUGCCUCCCUGCAGUGCUACAACUGGACACUGACACUGGGCAGCAAGUGGAAAUCCUUCUUCGAGACGGUCCACAUCUACCUGCGCAGCCGCAUCCUGACCGACGACCCCACCGUCAACGAGACCCUCUUCUACGAGCCCCUGGACCUCGACGACCGCACCUCCAACCUGGGCUACAUGAAGAUCAACAGCCUCAAGGUGUUUGGCUACAGCAUGCACUUUGACCCGGAAGGGAUCAAAGACCUGAUUCUUCAGCUGGACUACCCCUACACCCAGGGCUCCCACGACUCUGCCCUGCUGAUGCUGCUGGAGAUGCGGGACCGCAUCAACCGGCUCUCGCCCCCGGCCGCGCAACGGCUGGACCUCUUCUCCUGCCUGCUGCGCCACCGGCUCAAGCUCUCCACCAGCGAGGUGGUGCGCAUUCGCGACUCGCUCCAGAUGUUCAACUCCAAGCUGCCCGGCUCCUCUGAGGAGGAGCUGGGCCAGCUGUGCAGCUAGUUUGCAGCGCUCCGCCACACACGUUCUCCAGAUGAGAAGUAAACGUAACGGACAAGUCUUGCAGUUUGCUUUGUUGUUACGUGUUUGUACUUCUGGCAUCUACAUAGAAGGAGGCCUCUGAACAAGGUGAAGACUGAAGGUGAAAGGUUACUGGACUGGAGAGGAUUGACCUCGGCCUUCACAAUGCAGGCUUCAGUGGGCUCCACGUGAACUUUGGGUUCAUUCAAGAUGGAUCUUUAUUUUGUUUUGUUUUUUUUUUUUUUUUAACAGCUUGGAUCCAGCCAUUUGUCAACAAGUUGGCUUAAAUAUAGGCUAUAUACAGUAUCUGUGCUGAGGUUCCAAGCUAUUAUGUCCGUCAUUGUGCAAGUUGAGAGUACAAGAUUGGUCCAUGUGUGGAAGAUGACACACUUUCAAAUGCAUUUUGAAAAUUACAGAAAAAACAAGGUGGUUUUUGGUCAUAGCCCAGGUAGAAAGAAAAAGGUAAUAAGUACUAAAUCAAUCCUGCUAAUAUAUUGUGAAGCUUAAGUGUCAAGCAUAGUUAACAAGCCAUCCAUGUCAUCAAAUUUUGAAGUCUCUGCUUUGACUUUUUUCUCGAGUCACAUUUCCUGUAUGACGAUAUUAGCUGUUGAUCUGCUUUUAUAAGUUUGACUGAGAAGCCCUUUUUGGGAACUCCUGGUAUUCCACUAUACAACAAAACCAAAAUAAGGAAAAAAAAAUUGGGCCAAACCGAAUGGCAAAAUGUCUGUUUUUGUAAAUUCUUUAAAAUCUCUGUAAAGUUGAUAAUGUCCAACAAGGCAUCGUCUGACAUGGCAUUAAAAAGGUUUGUGAAUAUCUCUGUAAAUAAUGCUUCAUCUUAUUGUCAAAAAUGUGAAACUUGCAUAUUGUUUUUUAAAAUACAUAAUGGUUAAUUACAGAAUUUGCACAAGUGCAAAUGCCAAAUACAUUUCUAAUGAAACAGAAUCAACGUCUAAUGCCUUACGAAGCAGAGUCAAUGUCCUUCUGGUACUGAAGCACACUUAGUUGGCUGUGUAAUUUCCAAUUCUAUCCUUUCCUUCUGAAACAUUGUUACAUUGAAGGGUAACUUCAACUUUAAAACAAAAUGUAAUAUAUUGUUCCUUGCCUUUAUUAUAGUCAGUAUUGCAACUGGAGUGUUUUUAAUUCAUUGAAAGAACUACGUAACACAGCCCAGAUUGCGUUGCUCCACCUCUCCAUCUCUCUAGAUUGUAGUAAAUUGCAUUAGCAAACUGUGCUGUGGUCAUGCAUAAAUACAGAGUCCAAGCGCUUAGCUAAGAUGUAGAUAUUGUCUACUCUUUGUAUGCCAAGAUGGUUUGUGUCUUACUGUGUGUAAUUUGAAUUUAUCAGUCGAUUAUA